GGACUAGUCCUGUAUUGCUGACGUUGUGCAGAGUGCCGACAUAGCACUGAAAAGAGGAACUAGAUGGAUAUGUCAAAGAAGAAAAUUGGUUCUGGAACGACGUGUGCGGUGGUUGGUUGUACUAACUCGAGAAGGCGCCUGAACACAUGGUUUGAUAGAGAGUGCUACGAACACAGACCAGCUACGAAGAGGCAAUGCCCAUGCGCUCCGUUGUUUCGUUUUUUUCGCAAGCCUGAUACCGACUGGGAAUCAAGGACUUGGCUGAAGGCAUUGAACCUAAAAAACCCACCGCGCAACAUUUAUGUCUGUUCGCAUCACUUUGUUGAGAAAAAACCAUCAAAGAAUCAUCCUUUCCCUAAGUUGUGGUUGGGUUACAAUCCCUCUCCCCAGCCAAAGAAACCCACCAAGGGGACCGCUGCCUCCCCCCAGAGAAAGAAACGCAGACAUGACUCUGUGGUGAUGAGGUCUCAUUUGAAACGUUUGAAGACGGAGGACGAGCCCCCCGGGUUUGAGUGGAGCAUCUGGGGGGAAGACGAGUCAGCCACGACUCUCCUCGGGAGAGAGAACACUGGUCCUGAUGUGGAGGCUGCAACGCAGGUCUGGAGGGAACACGGUUACCAUAGCAGCCGCCCACUCCCUCAGCGUGCACUCAACGGGGCAAUGGGGAGGAUGCAGGACCUGGAGGAGCUGGUGUCCGGCCUCGGCGUCGCUGGACAUUUACUGGAUAGAUGGUGUGUGUCUGAUGAAGACUUCAAACAUUUCACAAAGUUCCCAUCUAAAAACAUCUUUUUUGUUUUCUGGAAAUGUGUUGAGCCUUCAGCAUCCAUGAUUGAGUUCUGGUCUAAAGCAAACAUCAUUGGAAAUACCGCUUUAGGGAAAGAUGCUGUCAGACCAAGCCGUGAGCGUAAGCUUCCACUUGUUGAUGAGUUUUUUAUGUUUUGCUUGCAUGUUGCUGUUGGCAUGAGAGAACAAGUUCUGUCUGGAAUGUUUGGAGUGAGUACCUCCACAGUCAACCGGAUACUAAUCAUCUGGUCAAACUACUUGUACCACGUGCUGGGAACAGUUCAGAUCUGGAUGACACGGGAGCAGGUUACACGAACCAUGCCUGUAAAGGUACAGAACGGAUGUCCAAAUGUGAGAGCGAUUGUUGGUUGUGUAGAGUUCGAAUGCGAGAGCUCUGAAACAACUACCUUCCAGUCCGAAAAACUGUCAAACCAAAAGACCUGUACCAAAUUCAAAGCUUUGAUUGGAGUUGCACCCUGUGGCUCCAUCACGUUUGCAUCAAAGUUGUUUACUUCCUCCAUCUCGGACAUGGAGUUGACAAGGCAGUCAGGAAUCUUGAACCUACUUGAGCCAGGUGAUGAGCUUGUAGCAGACAAGGACUUUGUCAUCGGGGACUUACUACUGGAUGUUGGAGCAAAACUGAUAAUGCCACCUUCAAAACACAAAGACGAUUUCAGCAAAGUGGACCAUGACAGAGCCCAGGCCAUUGCACAACUCGGUAUCCUUUUUGAGAAAGUAAUCAGACGGAUAAAAGAGUACCAAAUUUGGGAUUCUCCAUUACCUCUCACUUUGGCAGGCAGAAUGAAUCAAAUGUGGUCCUGUUGCUGUGUGAUGGUAAAUUAUCAGGGUUCUGUGGAUCAUGAUGUGCCGAUUGACGAGCAUUUGUAUGCAAAAUUUGCAGAAGAGGGACAUCUUUUCAGCAACAGUCCGCAGAAAGAUGGUUAAAAUCCACUUUUGUUAAAGAAGCAUCACUCAACUUGGAGAAACAGCAUUACCAGUUUUCAAGACAUAAAAAAUAAACACCCGUUUGUAAGAAUUAAAGUAUUUAAACUCGGACAAAGCAUUAGAAAUGUUAAUUUUCUCAAGAAAAAGAGAUAUUUUAUUUAUUUUGAUCUUGUGUUUUUCCUGUCUUUUUUUUUUUUUAACUUUUCACUUUAAAUUGAAUGACUUGUGCUCAAUUCUUACUUCAUGGCAUGACAUCCUGGGUUGGGGAAGUUUACAAACAACCCUGGGGUAAGGAUUCACUUAACAUUGUAGUCCACGUAAUCGCUGUAAUUCCACCCACUGCCAAAAGAUCGUGACUAUAAGCUGAAAUGUGCUGGACAAGCAAUA